AGCUCGCAGGGUCAGGGGCAGGGUCAGAGGGGUACCUUGUUGGGAUUGGGGGGGUUGAGGCGCGGGAUCGAGGAAGAGCCCAGGGAGCAUCGGAUCGCGCGGGCGAUUGUGAAUGAUUGUCUGGAGAGGGGGGAUGAUAGUGUGGACUUGAGCGGCGGAAACCUCCGCAGCAUCCCGUCCGGCCUGCUUCGUCCGCUGCAGCACCUCACCAAACUCCCCGCCAUCAAGGAACCCCCCGUCACCGAAGACGUCUACACCUCGCUCGAGCCGUUCCUGCGGCUGUUCCUCGCCGGGAACGCCCUGCCCAAGCUGUGCGGCGAGCUCUUCGAGCUGGACACGCUGCGCGUCCUGAGCCUGCGCAACAACAAGCUCGCCGAGAUCCCGACCGCGAUCCGCCGCCUGACCAUGCUGCAGGAGGUCAAUCUGUCCGUCAACCGGCUGCGCAGCCUCCCCUGGGAGCUGCUGUGGUUGAUUCGCAAAGGCGACCUGAAGCAUCUCACCGUGCGGCCGAAUCCGCUCCUACAGAUCGACGACGGAGCCCACGACCCCGAGGCCGCCGUGGCCGAGUGGCACGUCCCCCGCGAGGCGCUGCGGGCGUGCGUCUACGAGGGCCCCGCGCCCGAGCAAGCCUGGGCCCCCGUGCAUGUCGCAACCGGCCCCGUCCGCCGCUACAAUGCCGAAGGCGUGCUGGCCGGCAGCAGCAGCAGCAACCGCCCAUGCCCAGCACCCCUCCCUCCAGCUGCCUCGCGCGUCCCCUCCCUCCGCGAAGUCGCCCUCCUCUCGCUCACGCGCUCCCCGUCCUUCGAUCUCCUCUCCGACGCCGAGCUGGCCGGCUACCCGGCUUUGAUGCUGCGGCUGCUGCGCGACGCAAGGGAGGUGCGCGCCGCCGGCGGCCGCAGCUGCUCCGUGUGUCACCGCGGGUUCGUGCUCGCGCGCACCGAGUGGAUCGAGUGGUGGGACUGCAGCACGUACGAGAACGGGUUGAAGGGCCCGCGGCCGUCCGGGGAGGGGCUUCGGCCGUUACCCUUCCGGCGGUUGGGGUGUAGUUGGGGGUGUGUGCCGGGGGCUGAAAUCUGA